AUGAGAGACGAGAGCCUCUCCUCCGGCAAAGCCACUACUACCACUACUCCUAACACAACUCCUACCAACGACUGUGAUUUUCCGGACAGUCGACAGGUACGGGUUCUCGGCGAGUCCUUGACGGUUACUUCCAGUUGCGAUGACGACGAGGAGGCCCUCUAUUGCGUUGCCACUGACGACUCAUCAGCAUUCCCCUCUGACGCGGACGGUGGUGAUUGGUCAACCACCAGCUCAUCUGGGGAGAAAAAUCAUCUCGGUCCCAACUGGCGGUCAGUCAGAGCGGCACCUGACUACUCG